AUGAACAAACAUGUUGCAUCUCCGCCGGAUCGCAGGGUUACGAAAGAUGAUAUCACAGUGUCCUCACCCGGUGCAUCUCCGAACGUUAAUGCAACUACGAGCUGCACUGGUACAGCAUCUCCUCGAUCGCACAAUCCCACCUCGCCUGGUCGAAAUGGCCAGCUACCAAAACAAGGCACGCUGACGAUAGUACGCCGAAGUUCCGGCAAGAAUAAGAGUAUCGGCGGAAGUUUCGAAGGAUCCCCGCCACCGCACAGCCCCGACACUCUUUCGUCAAGCCAAUCCGUCGAUCUCGAUGAGAUCCUUGAUAAUGUCGAUUUGACAACAGACACGCUUCCUGCCGUUGACACCCCUGAUGCUUGCGACAAAGCUGCCCUCAGAUUGAGAUGUUUACUGAGGCAGCUUCAGCAUGGCGAAAUAUCCGCAGAAUUGCUCCAACGAAACUUGCACUAUGCGGCACGUGUGCUUGAAGCCGUUUUCCUAGAUGAAACCAAGCGGCUGGCCGACGAAGACGAUGAACUGUCCGAGGUGCAACCGGACGCAGUGCCGCCGGAAGUGCGGGAAUGGCUCGCGUCGACCUUCACCAGGCAGCUCGCGACCACCAGACGGAAGGCGGAUGAGAAGCCAAAGUUCCGUUCGGUUGCUCAUGCUAUUAGGGCGGGGAUUUUCGUCGAUCGGAUUUACAGGCGGGUCACCAGCACCGCGAUGAUGCAGUUCCCGCAGGAAGUGGUUAAAGUACUCAAGACCCUGGACGACUGGUCCUUCGACGUGUUUUCGUUAAGCGAGGCCGCAAUGGGAACUCCGGUGAAGUAUCUCGGUUACGAUCUACUCAACCGAUACGGGAUGAUCCACAAAUUCAAAGUGCCCCCUGCUGUGCUGGAGUGUUUUUUGGGAAGGAUCGAGGAGGGUUAUUGCAGGCACCGGAAUCCCUAUCACAAUAAUCUCCAUGCCGCGGACGUCGCUCAAACAAUGCACUACAUCUUGUGUCAAACAGGUCUCAUGAAUUGGCUGACCGACCUAGAGAUUUUCGCCACCCUGGUGGCGGCCAUUAUUCACGACUACGAGCACACUGGGACCACAAACAAUUUCCACGUAAUGUCCGGCAGCGAUACAGCGCUUCUCUACAAUGACCGGGCUGUACUGGAAAAUCACCACAUCUCGGCGAGCUUCCGAAUAUUGAAAGAGGACGAGUGCAACAUAUUGCAAAACCUGUCAAGAGAGGAGUUCAGAGAAUUUCGUUCGCUGGUCAUCGAUAUGGUUCUUGCGACUGACAUGAGCUUCCAUUUCCAACAAUUGAAAAACAUGAAGAACAUCCUGAGCCUGGCGGAGCCUAGCGUCGACAAAAGCAAAGCAGUCAGUCUCGUCCUCCAUUGUUGCGACAUCUCACAUCCAGCGAAAAGAUGGGACCUCCAUCACAGAUGGACCAUGCAGCUCCUGGAAGAGUUCUUCCGGCAAGGAGACAAGGAAAGGACACUCGGAUUGCCGUUCUCCCCGUUGUGCGAUCGUAACAAUACCUUGGUGGCGGAAUCGCAAAUAGGGUUCAUAGAAUUUAUCGUCGAACCCAGCAUGCAGGUGUGCAGCGACAUGUUGGAGACGGUUCUCACUCCGCUGAAUGUCAAGGAGAGCGUGGAUGAGUCCAACAACGGUUCGGGCGCAGAGGCCAGAAGAUUCAAGAUUGGAAAGCCCUGGAUCCCUUGCCUAGCGGAGAACAAGAGGAUCUGGAAGGAGCAAGCUGUUCGGGACGCCGAAGCGAGAGCACAAAAGGAACAAGAACAAAAAGAGAACGAGAAUCGCAAUGACGGUGACACGACGCAAGAAGCAGUGCCCGAAGAAUGA